AUGGCUUGGCCCAUUGCUGGCCCAUCCUCAGCUCAGGAUGGUUCCCCGGCCACACAGCGUCUACAAGACCAUCAGCAACGUAACAAGCCUCGACAUCGCCAGACGAAGAAGCGCCCCCCUCGACAAUCCUCGCCGUCGUCGGGCCUUUUGACCAUACUCGCAGGCAUCGCAGCUUCCUCAGUCACAGCUGGCUGUAGUCCCACACCACCAGCCUUUCUGUGUCCGUUCCUCUCCACUAUCCAGGACAACGGCCACGACCGCCGAGACAACGUGCUUGACGAGGACAUCAGCUCUGAUCUACUCCCAAACUCGCCGACCCCCACAAAACAUCGUCGAGAGAAGCGCCGUGUUCCAGUUAGGUAUGAAAAGGGUGAUGAUGGGCGUUGGAGAAGGAUGGAUACUUUCACGCUGUAUGGGUCUACGAUAUGCUUCAAUUGCCAAGAGCCCACUAUAACCGCCUCACCCACCUCACUCCUAGACCCCAUGAAAGAUUCCACUGACCCUCCAGACGACCCGAAUAAACUCGAUAUUACCCUUCCACCAGGGUGGGGGAAGAAAAACAGCGUAAAGGACAAGACCAUCAUCGUUACUUUGCCGCUGGUCCUUGCUUUCGUGAUCUGCUUUCUUAUCAUUGGCUGUCUCUUUUGGCGCAAAAGCAGAGCUAAAAAAUACAGGGAGCACGACAUAGAGAUGAAAGCUUUGCAGCUGCGUCGCAACGACGAGGACAACGAGUCGAUCGUCAUUCAAGCAGCUCGCACCAAACAGAGGCUUUGGGCCAGAGCAACGGCGAGAUGGAAGGCCAAUGCUCGCUAUACAGCUAGGCAACGCCGGGGCAAACGCUCCGUUGCCUCUCGCGGCUCUGCAUCUUACAGUUCUGCAGUGUCACUCCCUAACGCAAUCAACGAUAACCAAUCCACCAAUCGCAACGCUUCUACUUCCUCGAGGUCACCAUCUCGACGAACUUCUAUAUCUAACACAACAGGUCCUCAGUAUACCACAGAGAAUGCAGAGACACCAAUAUCCAUCUCUGUCAGUCCCCCGAGUCCCGCACCUGCCUCCCCUCCUGCCUACCACCAGCCUCUUCGUCAACUCUCUGUCGAUAACUUGAGUUCCGCCGAGGCUCUAUCACGGAAGCAGUCGUUUGAGGUUGCAGCUUCCCCCCCACAUCCUCCGGACUCGGUCGCUGAUGAUACCCUUGGCGAGUCAGUAGUGGGAGACUCAUCGCUGCGCUAUAUCACUAUCAACUCCGCGCACGUGGCCACGGACGAUAAAGCCCUUCUAGCCCGCCUUGGGGAAUUAGCUAGCGAACCUCCCGUUGAGCCCACGGACUCCGUUGCAGCUUCGGCCUUGGAGGUAUCAGCCCCAGUUUGGCAGGAUGAACAGUUGGAAGACUUCGCCACCAUAUCUGACCGAAGCCGCCCUGAGUCGCUCGGCGGCACACACCACGGCUCUAGUUCAUUUUCGUCCUCAUACCACUCCUCCGGUUUUCCUCUACCUCCCCCCGCCGUCUCGCUCAAGGGCAAAGAAGCCGAUCUGUCUUAUUAUGAGUAUGAGUACUCAUAUGACGAUAUAGCCGAUGUCGAGCCAGAAAUAGGGCCCAGUGCACCACCAUUUGACGAGUUCCCAGCUCCCAGUGCGCCGCCGCUCGACGACAGCUUCUUUGGAGAACCUGCCGGCCCGUCUGCCCCACCAUUCCCUGCAGAUGAGGACGAUCACGCAGUUGAACAGCAUUACGAUAGGUCUAUGCUUUCUGAUUCGACGGAUGAUGCUUUGGAAUACGUCGAUGAAGAGGAGCUUCUCGUCGCGGCCCAGUCGUUUGGUACUACUCUCACGCCUAGCCAAGACCUGGCGACAACAGCAUCGAACGAACCCCAACCAUCUCCGCCAUCUCCGUUGAACCACUCAACAUCCGACUACCCUCGCCACAGAGUAUCGCUUAUUGAAUCAGCCCAAGAUUCGGUAGCGAAUGACUGCAUACCACUGCCUAGGUAUCAACCAUAG